AUGAAAAAAUUAAAUCGAGCAAUUAUCGAAAGAAAUGCCUUUAGUCCCGAAACAAUCUAUCGAGAUUUUAUGAUUGAUCAAUGGUUAAAUGUUUUGCUAAGUAAUCGAACUAUCUUUACGGAAGAUGAAGCGACGGCAAUCAAAAAUAAAAUUAAUCAAUUAAAACAGAAUAUUCUCGAAAAAAGUCAUUUUAAAGAAGCGAAACAAUAUCAAAUUCAACAAGCAUAUAAUGAAUUCAAACAUUUCGUUAUCUUAGGUCAUCCAGGUUCAGGAAAAACCACCAUAUCCAAAUGGUUAGCAAUGAAUAUGGCGAAGCAAUGUUUAGGUGAGGCCAAUCUUUUAUCUGAUUGUACAGAAAAAUUCCCAAUUUUUAUUCCAAUUUGGAAAUAUGUCGAUCAAAUGAAACACACCCAAAAUGAACAAAAAAAAAGUUUACUUCAAUUUAUUUAUGAAAAUCCAACUCUUAAUUCGACAUUCUUCACUCCUGAUGAACAGAAUGAUCUUUCGUCGUUGGUACUUUCCUCAUUAAUGCAGGGCAAUGUAUUGAUUAUUUUCGAAGGAUUAGAUGAAGUUCCUGCUCAUAUUGAUCGAUCAGAUUUAAUGAAAGAAAUCAAUGCUCUCUUAGAACGAGGUAUUGAUUAUGAUAUGAAUACUGGCAAACUUUCUUAUUCCAUUUAUGAACAAAAAGAAAUUCAUGGAACGAAAUUUCCGAAUCUAGGCAAUCGAUUUAUUAUCACCAGUCGAAUUGAGGGGAAUUAUUUCGAAGAUAUUAAUUUUUCUAUUCCAAGAUUAACCAUUGAAAACAUGUCCAAUGAUGCAUUGAAAUUAUUCUGUCGAUCAUAUAUGAAAUGCAUCAAUGAUACUUCGAUGAAAAGAGAGAAACGUGGAAGUGAUCAAUUGUAUGAAGAUAUUGCACAGAAUAAAGAUAUUUUUCAACUAGCAAUUAAUCCUCAACUAGCCAGUGUAAUUGCAGCGAUUUAUAAUCAAUUAGAAGAUAAAUUACCUAAGAAAAGAAUUGAUUUAUAUGAAAUAGCAAUUGAGAAAAUGAUUGAACGAUUAGUUCAUCUUUCCAUUGAUGAUUUAGGAUUAACUGUCACGAUGUUCUGGUCAAUCUUACAAGAAAUUGCCGAUUUUUUACAUAGUAAAAAUUUGCAUCAUGAUUCUCCUAUUUGGAAUUGGCCUAUCGAUGCUCUCCUACGUUUCUAUUCCAAAGAAAUCGUCGUCGAUGCAGUAGCAACACAAUUGAAAUUUAAAACAACUCUCAAUCAUGAUCCUCGAAUGAUCGUUUAUAUUGCCCAGAAUAGUGACUGGUUACGUUUAAUCCUAGCUCUGUAUGGAGGGUAUGAAAAUUAUCAUUCGCAAGAAAGUAUUUCCGAAUACAUGGAACUAUCUCAGUUUCUUGCAUUAAGUGAUAUUGAACGAGCACCAUUUAUCUUUUAUUAUCAAGAAUUAUGGGAUAGAGACGAUACAGCUUAUAGCAUGGCUGUGCGUGCUGAAAAAAUCAGCAGUUCCAAACAUUGGAACGACCAGCCGUUAUUUGAUCAAGAUAAAAUUUACAAAGAAUCAUUUUUAACCAAUCAAAUUCUCGAAUUGCUUCGUAAGAAAAAACCUCCAACAGAUUUAUUAGAAGGAUUACGAAAGAAAAUAAGCGACGAGAAAUUGAGUGUAAGUGACGAAAUGGAUGUUUUUCUCGCAUUAAUCGUUUUAGAAGAUUUCGAUUUAAUCAAUACUGCUAUCAAAACAAAAGCUGAAAUAUUUCGAAAAAGUUUUACAAACAGAAUUGAACAAUUAAUUUAUGUUUUAAAAGAUCACAUUGCUAGAUGCUCUUCAUCUAUUGCUGAUUAUUUUAUGUCAAUUUAUAAUAAUCUCACAACAAACGAACUGCUAUCUACUCUUAAUUUUUCUGAUUAUUGCAAAAUAUAUUUAGCUUUAGUGGCUAAUAGUGGAGGCUUACCAGUUGAUACGAAAAGUCUAGCAGAAGCUAUGGAUAAUGACGAAAAUAGAUGGAAUUUUUAUGCAGAAUAUUACGCCUUUAAAUUGACUGGUGCUACUGAUGAUUUUCGAUAUAGUAUAGCGGUGAUAGCAGAUGAGUUCCAUACAUCUGGAAAAGUUGAUCAAAUUCUCGAACCAUUUUUACGAAUUAAUGAUGUAGUUCAAAUGUAUCAACCAAUUCGAGCAUAUACAUGGGUUACAGACACAUUCACUUUCAAACCAUCGAAUGAAGUUUUGCCCACUGUUCAACGAUGGUUUACAAGUAAUCAUACUCAUCAAAUCAAAAAAUUAGCCGCUCUAUUACUCGCAGAAGCUAAACAUGUUUUUGAAUCGGCUAUUGAUCAUCUUAUCGAUUUAUUAAGCAAUGAUAAUGAUCAAAUGAGAUAUAGAGCUCAACGAAUUUUUCAACAUCCAGAACGAAAUCCUAGUGAACCUAGUAAACGAGCCUCAGUAAUCGGAGAAAAAACAUUAAUGAAAAUUCUCGAAAAUAUUUCGAUCAGAGAAUAUUUACCAAGAAUCCGAGCGUAUUUAAAUAGUUUCUUCUAUGACGUAUGUUGGGAUGACCCACAAGUCUUUCAAAACUUAUAUGAAUCAAUAACCAAACUACGAGAAAGUAGUCUUCAUGAUGAAACAAAAUUGUUUUUUCUGAAUCGGAUCAAAUUUACCAAUAAUCAUACAUGGAAUGCGCUUCUACGAGCUGCAGAAUCACCCCUACAUCCAUCAUACGUCGAAGAACUAUUAUUCUCCACGAUGACAUUAACACACCAUGAUCAAAUUACAGAUGAUAAUUGGCUAGAUUUUGCAAGAAUUCUUUCAAUAACUGAUACAAGUCAAUUUAAAGAACAAUUCUAUUUUACACGUACAGAUGUAGAUAUCAUACGUUUUAUAAUUGAUCAAAUCUUUGCCGUGACAGAUUUCACCGAUGAAACUUAUUUUGCUAUUCUUGAAUCCAAAUUAAUUAGCGAAAUCACCGUGAAAGUUGAAGAACUUUCACAGAAGAAUUACGUUGAAAUUAAACAUCUUGCUCAUUGCAAUUUUUUUGCUGCAAUUAAUUACAAUCAAACUAUAUUAAAUAUGUUAAACAAUAUUUCAUUAACUAUCGUUGUCAUGGAUAUUCUCAUUCGAUGGUUAAUCCAAAAAAUGACAAGUUUUAAAGAUAUUGGUAAUUCGAUGUUUUCCUGCAUGAUAGUAGAUUGUUUAUUAUCUUUGGUUUCUGCAUGUGUACAAAAAGAAGAUUAUCUAUAUCGAAAAACAACCAAUUCUUCUACGUUUAAUAAAGUACAAAUGAUUAAACUUUUAGAAAGAAUGUUGAAUUAUCAUCCGUAUUUUCCUGCAAGAGGAAAUGCUUUUAUCUUACUUGCAGCUAUGGAUCAUUCCAAUCAUCAAGUCAUGAUCAAUGCUAUGAAUGCAUUAUUGGAUGAAAAUGUUGUGAAAGAAUAUUCGGUGAUUGGAGUUCCACUGAUACAUUUAUCACCGAAUGAAUUUAUCGAUGAUUUAUUAAAAUCAUUAAAAAAUGAAAGUGCAAUUAAAACUUAUGAAAUCUUGAAAAUCUUGACUGAAUUUGCUUUGAAUGAAAAAAUUGAUGCUCAUAGUAAAUCGAAGAUAAUUAAUUAUUUAGCAAAAGAAAUCGGACAAUUAAAAUCAAAGAAACCUGUAAAUUAUUACUACACCGAUAUCAGAAUUCCAUUUACAACAACUUUAGAAAAUGAGUUAUAUAAAGCAUGGAUUAAAAUUCAAGGACUGUCGGGUAAAACUCAAUAUUCACUUUCAGUCAAAGACUAA